AUGGCAUCCGUUCUCCCCCAGUCUCUCUUCCGUGGCUUCAGAGCUCUCCCCAGAGCUGCUGCAAGGCCCGGUCUUUCCGCCCUGCUGCCUCGCUCGCAGCCCCUCCUCCGCCGCUUCAUUGCGACGGAACAGCCUCGUCUGCGUCUGGGAUCUGUCGCUCCCAACUUCCAGGCUCAGACUACCCAUGGCAACAUUGACUUCCACGAGUUCAUCGGUGACAGCUGGGCUAUCCUCUUCUCCCACCCCGCCGACUUCACCCCCGUCUGCACAACCGAGCUGGGUGCCUUUGCCAAGCUCAAGGGCGAGUUCGAGAAGCGCAAUGUCAAGAUGAUCGGUCUGAGCGCCAACGACAUUGGCUCCCACGACAAAUGGAUUGAGGACAUCAACGAAGUCUCCUCCACCAACCUCCAGUUCCCCAUCAUUGGCGAUGCUGAGCGCAAGGUUGCCUUCCUCUACGACAUGAUCUCCCAGGAUGACUUGGACAACAUUGCCCAGAAGGGCAUUGCCUUCACCAUCCGAUCGGUCUUCAUCAUCGACCCCAGCAAGAAGAUCCGUCUUACUAUGAUGUACCCUGCCUCCACCGGCAGAAACUCUGCCGAGGUUCUAAGAGUCAUUGACUCCCUGCAGACCGGUGACAAGAAGGGUGUUGUCACCCCCAUCGACUGGCAGGUCGGAGAGGACGUGAUUGUGCCUCCUUCCAUCUCGACUUCCGACGCUAAGGCAAAGUUCGGUGAGGUCAGAGAGGUCAAGCCCUACCUGAGAUUCACCAAGGCCUAA